UUUAUCCAUCAUGCUGUGCAGAUCAGUGCUAAUUUUUGCGUGCUGUGCCGCUUUAGCCGUUGGAGGAUCACCGGCUGUGUUGGGCGAAUUCCCGUGGCACGUGUCCAUCCAACUGAAGAAUUUCUAUCUAACUGAUGAUCUUUGGGCGCAUUGGUGUGAGGGUGCCAUCGUCUCUAGGGAAUAUAUCUUGACCAACGCAGGGUGUAUUUAUUCCAUUCAUGAAUUGCGCGUUGUGUCAAGCACCUUGGAUUGGAAAAUUUUCGAUAUGGUUCACAAUGUGACUGAAAUGGUGCGGGAUGAAGUAGAGCUAGGAAGACGCCUCUCCCUGUGGAAGGUGGAUCCGCCGUUUGAAUUUGACAACCACACAAGAGCCGUCCAGUUGCCCGCUCGGUUCGCAGAGUCUCUUCCGGGAACUGAAAUGACUGUGUCAGGAUGGGGCCAAUUCAUGCCAUCAGAGCCAAUUGACAUCUUGGAAAAGUAUCGAGCGCCGAUCGAGUCGAGGGCUUUGUGCUCGAUCCGGUUUCCUGGCUACGACUGGCUGUACCACAUCUGCGUCGACGUUGCCAGAAACGAAACCGUUUGCUCUCGACGAGGGUUUGGUGCUCCGCUCGUGUACAAUGGCGAGCUGCGCGGCGUCUUCCACAAUAAAUACGACUGCAAUCUACCAGAAAUCUACACGGAGGUCUCCCUCUUCCGUGACUGGAUCUACAGAAUCACCGGCGUUUGAAUUAUUUAGAAGCUAAAAAUAAUAUUGCU